AUGUCAGGGGAGGCGCCAAAACAGGAGCAAUCCCAGCCUAAAUCGGAUGCAGAUUACGAGGCAAUGAGAACAACUGUUAUGCAGAAGAAAUCUAUUGAAUCUAUUAGCAAUGAUGAUUUGCCUUAUUUUGUAAAUUAUAUGACAAAAUAUAAGAUGUAUUGCCUUGAUAAAGAAGAUUAUAUUGGCGCCAAGGAUGCUGCAGCUAUUCUUGAAGCAUGCAAGCAAGAAGAUCAAACCCGCCAAACAAAUACUCAAAAAGAACAACAAAACGAAUCAACUCAGAACUCUCUCAACGAAAAGAAGCAAAAAUUAGAAGAAAAACUCAAGAAAUUCGAUGAGGAUACAAAUUCAAAGCAACAAGCAAUGCAAGAACGCCAAACAAAAGAAAUUGAAGAAUUUGAAAAGAAGUGGCGUGAAGAAAUGCCAGACAAAUACAGAAGAAUGCCAAAACAACUCAUCGAACUUCGCGAAACAGCAAGAACUCUCGCCCUCGCCGGUCAUUAUGAUGAAGCUCAGCAAAGAAAGGUAGAAGCUGACAACUUAGAGCAAGAAGAAGCUAAGAAUGCACAAAACCGUCUCAACCAUGACUACCGCGUUGCAAAGAAUAAACUUCUUACCCAACAUAAGCUCGAAGUUACAAAAUUCAACGACUCAAGAGCCGAAAAGCGCGAUGUUAUUGCAGCAGAAAUACAUGUUCUCGAAGACAACGAGAAGAACCGUGAGAUUGUCCUCAGAGCUAAACCAGCAAAUACAAGAAGAUCCGUUAACGGUGGAAAUGAGUCAGGAUCUGUAUCAAUGUCACGUUCUCUUCCUAGGAAGUCACAGUGGAAGCAAGAGAACAAGCUUCCUCCUCUCAGACCACCAAAUGAAUCCACAAAACCAGGAGAUAACAAGAAUGAUGCAAAGAGUCCACAAAAUAAUCAACAGCAACAAAAGAAGGAACAGCCACAACAGCAACAGAAGAAAGAACCAGCACAACAACCUUCUUUAGCUGCUGUUGUUAAAGAUAAAGUUGAUGACAUCCCAGCUGCUGAGGAGAAGAAACAAGAAUAA